UUUAGGUCAUUUAGAUGGGCCCAGACAAUGAGAUUUGCAGUUGAGGAAAUUAACCAGAAACAUCAGAUCUUGCCUAAUAUUAGUCUGGGAUAUAGAAUAUAUGAUUCCUGUAGUACCCAUUUCCAAGCCCUGAGAGCUGCCGUUACACUGCUGACUGGAGACAGUGCCAAAUGGACCAUUUCCAUUCCUGCAAUCAUUGGUGCUGCUGGAUCAUCUGAAUCUGUUGUAGCUGGAACAUUGCUGAGCAUUUUCAAGAUCCCACUGGUCAGUUAUUUUUCAACCUGUUCAUGCUUAAGUAACAAGCAAGAAUAUCCAUCCUUUCUCCGUACUAUACCAAGUGACCUGUUUCAAGUAAAUGCUUUGGUAGAAUUAGCAAUAUAUUUUAAAUGGACUUGGAUUGGAACCAUAGCGGGUGAUGAUGACUAUGGCAGAUAUGGAAUACAACUCUUCAAUAAGAAACUGGCUACCCUGGGUGGCUGCAUUGCUUUUACAGGAACUAUCCCCAAAAUUCCAUCUGAAAACAUGGUUGCACAAAUAGUAGACAUGAUCAGAAAUUUCAAAGUAAAAGUUGUAUUAGUUUUUGCCAUUGAACAGGAUGUGGUAACUUUGAUGAAAGAAAUCACACAGCAGAAUGUGACAGGAAUACAGUGGCUUGCAAGUGAAGCAUGGGUUACUGCUGCCCUUCUUUCUACAAGAGAGCAAGCUGGUUUCUUAGAAGGAACAGUGGGGUUUGGAAUUAAAAGAGCUAAUAUCCUAGGACUGGGAGAGUUUCUUGUACAGCUGUACCCUUCACAUGUUAACGAGAAUCCUUUUGUUUCCGAAUUUUGGGAAGAAAUAUUUAAUUGUUCACUUGACAAGAAAUUUAAUUCCAGAGAAGCAGAAAAAAAGUCUUGUUCAGAGCAUGAAGAUCUAGUUAGUUCUAGUAACAUAUAUUCUGAUAUAUCACAACUAAGAAUAUCUUAUAAUGUAUAUAAAGCAGCAUAUGCUGUUGCACAUGCAAUCCACGAUCUCCUGGCUAAUAAAGACGGUGUCAGCUUAUUUGUUAAUCUCUCCUGCCCAAGGAUAUUAACUAUUCAGCCAUGGCAGCUCCUGCAUUAUUUAAGAAAUAUUAAAUUUGACAGCCUUGGUGAGGAAGUGCACUUUGAUGAAAAUGGAGAUCCAUUACCAUCCUAUGACUUAAUAAACUGGCAGGAAACAUCAGACGGAUCCAUUGACUUCAUCAAUGUUGGUUAUUUUAUUGGUACAGACAGCAGCCUAACAAAACUUGACAUUAGGGAAGACACCAUCUUAUGGAACGGUGGCAAAAGCAAGGUACCUAAAUCCGCAUGUACUGAAAGCUGUCCUGCAGGUUCAAGAAAAGGACUUAGGCGAGGUGAACCUGUUUGUUGCUUUGACUGUGUACCAUGUGCAGAUGGCGAGAUUAGCAAUCAAACAGACUCAGUAGAAUGCAUUACCUGUCCUCAAGAUUUCUGGUCAAACCUGCUAAAAAAUCACUGUAUAUUAAAGGAAAUCGAUUAUCUCUCAUUUGAAGAUAUCAUGGGAGUGUUGUUUAUAGCUGCAUCAUUACUAGGAGCUUGUGUCACAUCCGCAGUAUUAAUAAUUUUUGCAUAUUACAGAAAUACACCUGUUGUAAAAGGUAACAAUUCAGAGUUAAGUUUCCUGAUUUUGGUUUCUUUAGUACUCUGUUUUCUUUGUUCCCUAACAUUUAUUGGGGAACCAACACAGUGGUCUUGCAUGUUGCGGCAUACAAUUUUUGGUAUAACAUUUGCACUUUGUUAUUCAUGUAUUCUAGCAAAAACAAGUGUUGUAUUAAUGGCUUUCAAAGCAACACUUCCAGGUAAUAAGGCAAUUAAAUGGUUCAAACCUGCUCAACAAAGAGCUGUAAUAUUUUUUGGAACAGCUAUUCAGAUCACAGUUUGCAUUGCAUGGAUGUUCAUAGCACCCCCAUUUCCCAAUCAAAACACACAAGUGCAGACUUCGAAAAUUAUUCUUGAAUGUGCUGUGGGCUCAUUAACUUUCUUUUCAUUUGUACUGGGUUACAUUGGGUUCUUGUCAUGUUUUAGUUUUGUGCUUGCUUUUCUAGCUCGUGAACUCCCAAGUAAUUAUAAUGAGGCAAAACAUAUUACCUUCAGCAUGGUCAUUUUUCUAACUGUAUGGAUUGUCUUUAUACCGGCUUAUGUUAGUACCCAUGGAAAAAAUACAAUUGCUGUACAAAUAUUUGCUAUCUUGACAUCAACAUUUGGUUUACUUAUUUGUAUAUUUGCCCCAAAGGUUUAUGUAAUUAUACUAAAGCCAGAAAAAAAUAUUAAGAAAAGCCUGCUGAUCAAAGCAGUAAGUGAAUGGAGACAAUAA